AUGGAUGGCCUGACUGCAUGGCCUACUCCAGAGCGGCGAAAGGGUGUAGCUCAGAUCAAACCAGAGUUCCUCAUUCACCCAGCGGGUGGUAGAACAGAAGAAAGUGCAAGUGGUGUUGAGCGCGAUGACGCUGCUGAGGCCUCUGGCAGCCGAUACCAGGCUGACAAUAGGUCUGACAAUCGGUCUAACAAUCGAUCCAACAGAUCCGACAACCGUCAGAAUGGCCGGGACAAAAAGAACAAGCAAAAGGGCCAGAACAGCAAUCGUCACUUCGGUAGCUCUCGCGACAAAUUCCCGCUUUGCAAUUCACGUGUCACCAAGCCAGAGUUCUCCCCAGACGAAUGCCAGUUCGGAGAUAAAUGCAAACUCGAGCACAAUCUCCGGAAGUAUCUGAAGGAGGGCAAGCGUGAAGACCUCACCGUUCUUGGUGGGCUAUGCCCUACCUGGGACUCUACAGGAGUCUGUCCCGUAGGAUGGAAGUGUCGUUUCGUGGCGUCUCAUUCUGAAGAGCGAGAUACAGAAGACGGUAGAAAGGAGCUCGUCCUCAUCGAAGAUGCCGAACGCAUAGCAAAGGCAAAAGAGCUGCCCGGAACUGAAGACGAGGUUGGAGUAGUAAAUGUCGUUUCUAAAGAGGCCAAGUCCAACCUGUCAAAACGCAUCACGAAGACUCCCAAGUCAGAUGCUUACCUAGAAUGGACCACGAAAAUCAUAGAUCAAGGCCGCAAGAACAAUGAGAGGCAAGGAAUCAGAGAGGACAUCGGCCUUACAAAGGCCAUGGCAGAUAACGCCUCUGCCAAGCAGGAGGCUGCUGAAAAUGACGCUCCCUCUAGGGGCAAAAAUGCAGAGGGCGCCUCUGGCAAAAAUGAACCUAUGGAGGAGGCUGCUCAAGAAAACCAAGCCCAAUACAUCGAGCCACCCUUCCUUCCAUCCGAGAAGCGCCGCAUCUACUAUGGGCCAGAGACGCCAAUCCUCGCACCUCUCACGACCCAGGGUAACCUACCAUUCCGACGCCUCUGCGUUGAACUCGGCGCACAGGUCACGUGGUCCGAAAUGGCUAUGGGCAUGAACCUGAUCCAAGGAGAGCGAAGCGAAUGGGCUCUGAUGAAGGCGCAUGAGUCCGAGAUCCGACCGCCCAAGUACUCUCCGACCGCCGGCAUCGUCGAAGGCUACGACAACUCCAAAGACAUCAAGUUCGGCGCUCAAAUCGCUGCCAACAAACCCUGGCUCGCCGUCAAGACCACAGAGAUCCUGACCUCGCAUUGCCCCAACCUACGCGCUAUCGACUUGAAUUGUGGAUGCCCCAUCGAGCUCGUCUGCCGUGACGGCGCUGGAUCCGCCCUCCUAGACAGCGCCGGCAAGCUCGAGAACAUCCUGCGCGGCAUGAACGCCGUUUCCCAAGAAGUGCCUAUCACGGUCAAAAUCCGCAUGGGCACCAAAGACCGGGCGCCCACGGCCGACAAACUCAUCAAGCGCCUCGUGCUCGGCGGCUACGAAACCCACGCCGCCGGGCUCGGCAUCUCGGGCGUGGCCGCCAUCACCCUCCACGGCCGCAGCAAGCAGCAGCGCUACACGCGCAGCGCCGACUGGGGCUACAUCGCUGAGUGCUCCGCGCUGAUCGCCAGCCUCAAGAAAGAGCGCUGGGACGCGACCGACACGGCCCGCGAAGCCGACGCCCGCCACGCGCCCAGCAACGGCAAAGUCUACUUCGUCGGCAACGGCGACUGCUACUCGCACACCGACUACCAAGACCACCUGCAGCACGCGGGCGUCGACUCGGUCAUGGUCGCGCGCGGCGCGCUCAUCAAGCCGUGGAUCUUCGAGGAGAUCGAGAGCGGCCAGCACCUCGACAAGAGCGCGACGGAGCGGCUCGCGUACGUCGAGAAGUUUGUCAAGUACGGCCUGCAGAACUGGGGCUCGGACGAGAUCGGGGUGGGCACGACGCGCAAGUUCUUGCUCGAGUGGCUGAGUUUCGCGUGUCGCUAUGUGCCUGUAGCGAUGCUAGAGCAUCUGCCGCCGAAUAUCCAGGACCGCGCGCAGCCGUUCAGGGGCAGGAAUGAGCUGGAGGCGCUGAUGAGUAGUGAUAACUACAGGGACUGGAUUAAGAUCAGCGAAAUGUUCCUCGGCCCCAUCCACCCAAACUUCCGCUUCGAGCCCAAGCACAAGUCAAACAGCUACGACAUCCAAGCCGAGGGCUAG